AUGAGAAGUAAAGAAUGCAUGAUACGAGCGAGUUGGGGACUGUUGGGGAAGGAUCCCAAGCUCUCGUGGGUGCAUGAAUCUACCACGGCAUCGAUUAUCCGCCUUUGUUACCGAAUCAAACCGUCUGAAUCGAGAUCUCAGAUCAACAUCAUGAUCAAUUCACAUUCGCCGGCGUCUAUCAGGUCCAGGUGA